AUGCGACCGCACCGACCUCCUCUUCGGUCGCCGCCUCGAGGCAGCAACAACGACGAGCCGUCGUCGACCGUGUUGGACCCUGCAUUUGCCGACCCCAUUCGACGCCAAGUGCAGUCGUGUCGGAAAGCAGAUUUUCGAGAAGUGCUGAGUGGGUCAAAUCCCGUGCUUCGCCGGAUUGCGCUGUCACCUCGAUGUGAAGUGAACACCGCGCAGGCCUUUCGUGACGCUGUUCGCGAAGACAUUGUGUUGAAUGGCGUUCAGUUUGUCGGCGACCACCGCACCGAAGCGUUUGUCGCGGCGGUGAAGCGGAUUGUUGAAAAGUUUGUGACAAAGCCCAGGAAGGCGCUGCACGUCUCCGAUCGGGUCAUGCGGAGUUGCUCGCGCACGCACAGCGGGGCCGACGCGUACUUUGCCCUCCAAGAGCUAUUUGGGCACCCCGAUCUCCUCAUCAAACCGCGGAGCGACCCGCCUCCACCGCCCCUCGAAGUCACGUUAGGGGUCGAUCGUAAAGGGUCGCUCAAGUGCAGGAUUUGCGCGGCGAACUUGUUUGGCCUGUACAGACACGACGACAUCGAGCGUGAAGUGAUGCUGGGGCGAACGGCCGUCGUCCCACCGUUUGUGCUCGUGGACACGGUGAUCGUUGAAGAAAUCGACUUUGCCACCGACAUGGCGAAGCGAUACCUGAGCGUGCGGUCGCCCGAGCCCGACGUCGACGUCAAUUCGGAACUUCGCGAGUUGUUUUGA